CUGAUAUCAAACUUCAAGCAGAGUAUUAGAAACAAGGUAUGAGCACUUUGUUACAUGAAAUUGCUAUGUCGCAUGAUUCUGAGUCUAAUAUUUUUGCAACAUUAGUUUUAACUCUCUAUAGACCACUAACGAGGACUAACAAUGGGACUUACGAAGGUCAAUGGCAUAAGGAGAACAAUACCAUCCAUGGGAGAGGCACUUACAAAUGGAACAACGGAGAUAUAUACACAGGCUAUUUUGUAGACAACAAAAGACAUGGCCAUGGGAUCCAUUACUACAGCAAUGGAGAUCAAUACGAAGGUUGGUGGAAAGAAGGUUACCUCCAUGGCAGAGGCAUAUUCACAUACCAGAAUGGAGAUAUUUAUGAAGGUGACUUCAAAUCAGACCUCCGUCAUGGUAAAGGACACAUGAAGUUUGUUAAUGGAGAAGAAUAUAAUGGCAAAUGGAAAAACGAUCAUUUUGAGGGAGAAGGUAGAUUCACCACUACUGAUGGAAGUUUGUAUGAUGGUGAAUGGCCCAAAGGUGGAAGAUAUGGCAGAAGCACUUUUACAACCAGAGAUGGGUCUUUUAAAAACAAGAGAUUCUCACAUGGGACUAGGGUUUAG